AGACGGUAAAGUUCGAGUGGCUGAUCUUAAAACUCAAAAUGGCAUCAUCACUCGACCGAUACACAAAUUAGUUUUACUCCCUAAUUGCACUGAUUAAUAAUUCAUUAUCACCUUUUCCAUAAUAACGUUGCUCAAUUAAAACUUCCAGGUCAAGAUAUGGAUUUCAAUACAGAUUUUUGUUGCCCACUUUGUAACAGACCUCACGCCAUCCGCCAAUGCUCUCGAUUCAUUGUGAUGCCCGUGGAGCUUAAGCUUCGAGUCGUGGCCCAGUAUUUACUAUGCUACAACUGCUUGGCCCAGUCGCAUAGUCGUGCAGAAUGUAAAAGUAUAGACCGGUGCCGUCGCUGUAUGCAGGACCACAAUACGUUGCUGCACCCUUUGCCAGAAGGUCGAAUUUGGUUUCCCAUGACAGCGACGGUACGCGUGGUUACCCGUAAUCCUAUAGACGUUUUUAUCAAAGCUCUCAUUGAUCCGACUGCAGCCAGGUCCUCCAUUUUGAAAAGUGAAGCCAAUGAGUUGGGAUUUCGAGUUUUUCAGGGACGCGUUACCAUCACAGUAUACCACAGUCGCGAGGAGAAACGGCGCAUAUCUGUUGAAUGCGUUGUAGAUAGCAAGUGCUAUGGCCUAAGCCCUAUUGUUAACUCAGAAAGACCAGAUAGAUAUCCACGACCAAUAGCUGUAGAUCGCGCCAACGCCGACGUUCAUUGGAAUAUCAGUAGCCCUUAUAUGCUGAUUCUAGGAGCUGAUGUCAUGAGUAAAGUCCUGAUUGGACCUGCAACUAGACGUCAAGGACAAUUAUAUGCACAGAACACAAUUUUCGGCGUAGCGUAUUUUGGUGAAGGUGUCAAAAGGACUUAAAGCAUAUAUUUUGCUAUAAUUUGUUGCCCUUAAAAGGCGUUUAAGUAUUACUUAUGUUUUUAUAUUUUGCUAUGAUAAACAUUUAUGUUAAUGU